CCUUAAAUGUAUCUGAUGCACUCUAUGGACUGAUGGUACGGAUUCUACUCUACGUCAGAGAAAGGCGGGUAACUGCUGCUCCCUCGCGCUGGUUUAACGCUUUUUGCACUACUGUCGACCGGAGGCAGCACGGAGGGGGUGUAAUAGCGACGUGGACAGUUUACUGCUAACGUUGCCCGGUUCCAGACAUUUCAUCUUGCUGGUUCCACAGUUUCAUUCCAGGCAACAGCGCCAAGUCACGCAAAUGUGUGUUUCCAGGAUGAGGAAGACGAUCUUGUUGCUGUGUCUGGGAGCUGUCCUCUGCUUUUCUGACGCCCAGUUGCUGGACGAGGAGGAGGCGGGAGGGGAGGAGGAGCCACAUGUGGAGCUGUUCACCACGGCCAGAACCAAGAUGGCCGCUGCCACCUCCGACUUCGGCUACAACCUGUUCCGCGCCCUCGCCAGCCAGGACCCCAAAGCCAACGUGUUCCUGGCGCCCAUCAGCGUCUCUGAAGUGAUGACUCAGCUAGCCAUGGGAGCGUCUGAGCGCGCUCAGAGGCAGCUGUUCCGGGCGCUGAGGUACCACAGCCUCCAGGAUCCCCAGCUCCAUCAGACCCUGAAGGAGCUGCUGCGCUCCGUCAGCGGGCCCCGCAAGGGCCUCAGCACCGCCGCCAGGAUCUACCUGGCCCGCCGGAUCCGUGUAAAGCCGGAAUUCUUCAGCCUGGUGGAGAAGCAGUACGGUGUUCGGCCCAAGGCCAUGGUGGGCGGGGCUAAGGACAUGAAGGACAUCAAUGAUUGGGUGAAACAGCAGACAGGCGGGUUGGUGGAGCGUCUCCUGUCCAAGCCGCUUGGCAGGAGCCCUGGGGUCAUCCCCGUAUCGGCCGCACACUUCAAAGGUAAAUGGAUGACUCGAUUCAGUCAGACUGGAAAGAUGCAGAACUUCCAGCUGGAUGGAGAAGCUCCUGUCAGCAUUCCCAUGAUGCAGCAGGAGAACUACCCUGUUAAGAUGGGCAUAGACUCUGACCUGAGCUGCACUAUUGCCCAGAUCCAGAUGCAGGAUGACGUCAGCAUGUUUGUGUUCCUCCCUGAUGACGUGACCCAGAACAUGACCCUGCUGGAGGAGUCUCUGACAGCAGAGUUUGUGCAGGACCUGUCCAUGAACCUCCCUGCGCUGCAGGUGGACCUCACUCUGCCCGUCCUCAAGCUCAGCUCCUCCACAGACCUGCUGCCCCUGCUGCCUGACCUGGGUCUGUCUGAUUGGUUGGCAGAGACGGAGCUGGAGAAGAUCACCGCCCAGGCAGCCAAGCUCAGCAGUGUCAAUCACAAGGUUGUCAUGGAGAUGGCUCCCGAGGGCGUUCAGUACGCCGGCCUCACGCCCCCCACCCACAGGCUGUUGGUCCGCGUGGACCGCCCCUUCCUGUUCCUGGUCCGAGACGAGGCCUCGGGAGCCCUGCUGCUCGUGGGCCGCAUGGUGAACCCUAAGGAUCUGCGGAUGUAACACACACACACACACACAGGCACACACACACGCAUAAACGCAUACCACACACCACAGGCAAACACGCCAUACACAGCCACCACACAUAACCACACAGAGACAAGCACGCACACGUCACACACUCACUCCACACACAUCACCCCCCUCCCCCCCACAUACACACACUCCACAUACACACACACCACACACACACACCACACACAGACACACACACACACUCUCUGCUCUUAGCAGGUCCUAGGAGAUGACAAGCCGCUGUGGAGCUAGCUAGUCUCACAGUACACUAAGCAGUCUGCAUGGAUGGACAAGCGGCUAGGCUGAGGAUCAGACUAACAGCUACUGGUGGUGUGUAUACGUACCAGCAGGGCCUAAUUCUAACUCUUUUCUUGUUGUUCUAUGCAGGAGAAAUUAGUAACUGACAGUUUUCAUGUUGAAACAAACCAGACAGACCAUUUUCUGCUUAUACAGUUCCAGGAGAUGUAAUCGAUACCACUUUAACCAGAAAAAUACUUACAGUUACUGUCAAUUGCAAAAAGAGAAAUAAAAAUGCAACCAGUUUCCUCUAGUAAACUGUUCUGUGG